UGCAAAUCCACCUCGGAUUUCGGUGUGCUUGCCACGCUGUUCGAAAAAAGAAAGACAACCUCAGACUGUGAAGACGUAUUGAAAGAAGCCAAAAAGUUCUUGAACGUAUUUUUCACACUCGGCUUCCUUUAGUCUUACUUGUGGCUUCGACAUUGAAGGGCGAAAAGCAUCUAGUUUCCAUUCUCCUCUUGCUUCUCCGCCUACUGUUGUUCAGCUUCCUGAAACCAAUUUACCGUACAUAUGGGCUCCUUUUUGAUUGAACCCUUCGACUUCUUUAGUGUUCAUCGACCAGCGACGACGGGCCUCUUUAAUGCUUUAAGUGAUCCCUAUGGCCUCGUAACGUGUGACACGAAGUGAGGUCUCCUGAGAAAUCUAGAAAUAAACUUGCAAGCUGCCAACACAUUUGUGCUUUUCAACGGUUGCUUCAGAGUCAAAAAGAUAUUCUCCAUCAUUCCCAUACUUUCCCACGACAACACAUUUGCCAUCCAUUCUGUCCAAGUCCCAAGCUCUGCGAGAGCUGUCAACAAGAGCAAUAUACUGGCUUUAAUCUCAUUUGCAUACUGUGUAUGGCUAAGGUCUAGGAGUUCCAAGACCAGACAUUUGGUGGCCUUUUUGACUAUUGUCCCUUUGCUCAGCCGACUUAUACCUCAUCGCCAUUACUACAACUGCUUCGCUCCAUUCUUCGUUCCUCACUCGCCUUCCAAGUUGUGAUAUCCUGCUCACUUUGCUUGCGAUACAUACAAAUACACAUACAUACACUUAACAAGGAGGGACACAAGAGCUAUACACUCGCUGAUCUGAGGCUUUUAUCCCAUACACUAAGGCCUGGAAAAAGUGCAGCUGGGAAUUGCCACAUGUGCAAUCCAUGACAAGAUCAUCAUCCAUCUUUGAGCCAGUCGAUUAAAAGCUAUUUUAGCGUUUCGACCUUCCGCCACGGGAAAAUCAGUUGGAACGUGACAACGUGAGAACGCCGUUGGAUCAAAUUUUCCCUCCCAACCACCUCCAUUGAACUCAUUUGUCAGAUUUUUCUCGCAUUCGAGGCUAUUUUAUAGGCCUUCCUUCAUCUCGUCCUCCAACGCGUGCACUUCAUUCCUACCUUCCAGUGGGUGCUCAGGAAAUCAAGUUUGGCCCAGGACCACUGAAACAGACCCACAAGUCUUCAAACAAGAUUUUCAUGGACACAUGACUUAACACACAGUAAACAAAGCAGCUCAUCUUGCUCUCUGUGAAGUGUUCAGCUGACGGAGACACGCUCGACCUCAAAAAAGCCCCACCAAAGUGAUAGUCUGGAUUGACCUUUGUUUAAAACCCAAAAACCCCACAAGUAAUUUAUUGCUCCAAACAGAAGUAAGGUUCCAUCCAGAGCGAUAAUGAGUUACUACUCUAAUGGAGCUCCAUUUUCCGCUUCUCAUGGGAUCAAAGGCCAUCGUAUGAAACGAAUGGAGCGACAACAACAAAAUGGAAGUAGAGUGACACCAUUUACCACUUCAACGGCCGUUUGCUCGGGAAAACAAGCUAUAGUGAUCCCAAAGCCAUGGAGGCUCUAUCCCUUCAUGAAGCGGGGCACUUUGGAGUUGGAAGAACAAGUCUACAAGGCCAUCCCAGCCUUAACCAUGAUUGACAACAUGCCCCAAAUCGAGAUUCCGGAUGAGAAGGACCAAAGGUUCUGUGUGCUCUCCUACGAGCAAGUCAAACGUCUCAAUGAUUUGAUGAGUGCGGACAUCUCGAUCUAUGGUCGUGGCAAUUUUCCCACCAUUGAAGUGAGGCUCUGUGAACUGGUUAGCGUGGUACGCAAACGUCUCGAAAGCGAUGGCGUGAAAGUCAAGGAAAUCCGAUUGAAUGGCUCUGGCGCCUCCUCGGUGUUGGCCGAGGACUCCGCCCAAAUCUCAUACAACGAUCUCGACCUCAUCUUCUCUGUGGACCUGAGCACAGGCAAGGCUUACGACCGGGUCAAGUGUGCUGUGCUGGACUCUCUUAUGGACCUGCUGCCCAAGGAGGUCUCCAGGAAAAGGAUGUCCAGUUGCUCCAUGAAGGAGGCCUACGUUUCCAAGAUGGUCAAAGUGAACGAUAGUGAUAGGUGGUCCCUUAUUACGUUGGGCAACAACAGGACGAACUCAGUCGAGCUAAAGUUUGUUCACCAUAUGCGCCGCCAAUACGAGUUCUCCGUGGAUUCGUUCCACAUCCUAUUGGACACGCUGUUCCUCUACUACGAUUGCGCGAAGAUGGAGAUCAGUGAGAAUUUCUAUCCCACCGUCGUGGGUGAGAGUAUGUUCGGCAAUUUCCACGAGGCCCUCUGCCAUCUCCACAACAAGCAGAUCGCCACCCGCAACCCUGAGGAAAUCCGAGGAGGAGGUCUUCUGAAGUAUUGCAACCUCUUGUGCAAAGGUUACAAACCCGCUCAACCUGAGCAAGUGAAGAACAUGGAACGCUACAUGUGCUCAAGGUUCUUCAUCGACUUCCCCGACAUCCAUCAACAACAAGCCAAGUUGGAAAAUUACCUCUAUUGCCACUUCCAGAGCUCGGAAGACCGUCUGAAGCACGACUAUCUCAUGAUCCUUCACCAAGUGGUGAACGAGUCUACCGUGUGUCUCAUGGGACAUGAGCGCAGACUCACCCUGUCGCUCAUAGAGGACAUGGCCUACCAACAUUCCUUCACCCUUUCCGAGCAUCAUCAGCAGUACCAUCAUCACCAAUACCCACAAUACGUGACAAUGGAGCAUCAUCCCCACCACCACCAUCAUAGCAACAACAACAAUCACCACCACAGCAACCACAUCAGUAGCAACCACCACAACAACAGUAAUCCAAGCAGUUCGGCGUCCUCAGUCAUCGACGACCCCAACCUGUUGAGCCCCAUGUCUAUGAGUGAUGCUUCUUCAACAAUAUCGUCCGCUUCUUCCACGGGAUCCAGUAGUGGUUACACCACCCCACAAAAGCCAGACACUCCUGGACCACUUCCCAACACGUCCCAACCACCCCCACCCACAAACAUGAUCCCCACUUAUGAGAUCGUCACCUCCUGUCAGCCGGCCGUGGUGUACUCCAAUGGCUACUAUUACACCUCCUUCAUGUCUCCCCCACAAGGACACCCAGGUCAGACCCAUACAACCACAGUGACAAGCACUACCAGUCCUUGCAUUGCUUGUGCCACCUGUAACCAAUGGGUUAGCAAUUCCAUGAUGGUCCAUCCCACGGAGCAGGCCAGCUCAUAGUGAGCUUCACAUCAAUGAGUGUAUCUCCCAGAGGGAGAGAGAGAGAGCAACGAGAAGCAAAAAAUAUGGUCGUUCUCUUGAUUAUUGCUCUAGGAUUUCUUUUCUAAAAGCUCAGGAAACGAAUGGAGGAACGAAUGGGAAGCCUCAAUCCUGAUCAUUCAAGAAUAACUACAACAAGAACUUCGACACCCAAUUUCGGCUCUCACUGGAAGUACAUUAUUGAAGAAUUAACGUUUUCCGCAUCAUCAUCAUCAUCAUCAUUUUUACUUUCACCACGACGCCGAUGAGUACUACUCCUACAAAACAACUUCAAUCAGAAAAUGUCCACUAUUGCGGACGAAAAAAUAGUCACAAUCAAUAUGGUACAACCAAGGUCCUUGGGAUUUAAAUGUCAGGAACGUACUCCAUGAAUUGGCUCAUAUCUCCUCAACAAAAAGGCUCGUUCAACUUCACAUGGAAGCGAGUCCUUAGAUCAUAUCCACCACAUCACUAUCAUCCUCAAUGUUACUUCUUAUUAUUAUCAUCCUCCUCAUCCUCAUCAUCAUCACUACUGCUACUACCGUGUUUUCCCUCGCUAUGUAUCAAGUGGGUUAACGUUUGGGGAAGAUCAGAACGUAGCCGCAAGAACCCGAGGCCAGGAUCAUGCCUCCGACGACGAUCACUACUACGGUGCAUCUCUCAAUCUUUCUCUUUCUCUCUCUCCCUCUCCCUUCCUACAAAAAGGUAUUAUCAAUGAUCAAGACCAAAUCACCACCAAGUAAUGGAGAAAGGAGACUGGUCAAGGUUGUUUUUCUAUCCAGCCUCAUGUGACCUCGCCUUGCUCUCGCUUGAAGAAAAAGACAAUACCGAAGAUGGAGAUGGAGAAUCAAAUCUAUCACACUACAACCCAAGUCUUAAUAGUGAAACAAUCAAACAAGCUGGAGUGCCAAGGCAACGGAAGAAAAUUUUUCGAUUUUGAACACCACAUCUGUGAGACUUGUUGCAAUUUUUGUGCCUGAUAUCAACUCCAACUUUGAAUUGGAUGCCAACAACCAUGCAUAGUUUGUAAACAAACCCAACAAAAACAAAGAAGUAGUAGAAAAUAUGUUCGAAUAGCAAGAAGCAAUUGUGUCAAUGUCUCGAAAUAGCAAAGCCGAAAAAAACACGAGAAUCUUUAGUCAUCUGAUAAUUACAAAAACAGUAAACCAAGUGUUCCCGAACUCGACUAUCCUUCAAUGCAGAUACGGCUUCUCUGUGCAAGUCAUCAUCCUUCAGUUACGAUGAAGCAAUUCCCCCAAAACUAAGGUCAUCUGUGGUGCGACCAAUUUCUCACAGGGUGAAACCACGAAUUCUUUCCUCCCUAAUGUAUCUCCCAUGUCCAAAGGCAUUUUUAUCGACGUCGACUUUCAAGUUCACCUUGAUGACUCUUUCGGAAGAAGUCUAAUUCGACAGGAAGUUUCUCCUGAUUGACUCGGAAGUCUGUAAAAUAUUCAAGGCAACCGAUGAGCAAAGAGUACGGUGCAGUUUCCCCUCGAAUUAACCUAACGGUUCAGAUUGAUCAUUAAAAUGGCCUUCAAACGACUUCAGUAUUCCUUUUGCCAGAGCUCGGAGCUCGGAGCCACCACUUGAAACGCAGGUUCGAGUCGGGGGGGCACUGAACCAGGUGAAAUUGGAAGUAAUAGAUUUCGUCUUCAUUCACGAAGCACUUCAUGCAAUUCACUUCAAUCUGUGUGAUAAUUCGGAAAAGAUUUUUUCGGUCCAAUUGUCUCUCUCGUCGUCGUUUUUCCACUUGGACUUUGUGCAAAAACUGCUGAAAAAUUCUGCUAUUACGUAUGAUCGACUAGACGCUUGAGGACAACUUUGGUCUAUUUGUACCUGCCGCUUCCUUUUCUUUCAAGUUGUUCCUAUUUGUGCAAUGACAGUUUUUCCUCAUUCUUCAUCUUCCAAUUCAAGAAUGCACCCAUCAACACCACCACCACCUCUAGUAGUGGUACUUCCCCUAACACUACCCCCAUUUGUCCUAUGAUUAUCUUUUUAUUUCAACAGUUGCCGCUACCACUACUACUAUUACUAUUUCACUACAAUAAUUAUAAUACUACUACUACUACUACUACUACUACUACUACUACUACUACUACUACUACUACUACUACUACUACUACUACUACCUUACUACUACCACCUAAAAUGACCUAAUGUAAAGGUUCUAAUCCUGGUCCUGAUCCACGAACCCGCCACGAGUCCUUUCAUCGGCCACCCCAAUAUAUGUAGCUACUACCAGUACUACUCCCAUUGGCCUAUUUGACCCGGUCUCAAUAAGAAUACCAUGAUUACCGAGCAAUGGGCAGGACGGUCAUCGUCUUCCGGUUUGCCCGACACCGAUCCUCUUUAGUAUGGGUUUUGUGGUCGCCUUCUCAAUGACAAAUGGUGGGAGUCAAUUGAUUCCCCCAAGCACAUCGUUACAAGAUUGCAACAAUGCUUUUGGCCUUUUCGUAUCUUUUUUUUUUUAAUUGAACUUAAUUUGCUCAUUCCUUGCCGUCUAGAUCAGGGACCCCCCGAACAUGCAAUCGCCAACUUGUAGCAACUCCAGCCUCUCUGUACACAUGCCUGAUUUCUAACUAAGUCUCAUCACCACCAUCCAUCAUUCACAUUCACCCCUCUCGUCCUGAACAUGUGUGUAACAUUGUAAAAAGUCGAUUUAGUCAUGCUCUUUCCCCGACGACUUGACACCUCGCCAUUUGAGUGAGUGUCCCUCUUAACAUUUCAUUUCUCUUGGGCUUUACGUACCUUUAUGUUGUUCAUAUCAAAUGUAAGGGGAUUUGCUGAGGCCAACCUGAUUCCCUUGCUUCAACCACCCUGUGUUUGUUGUCACAGCCACCGUUGUUGUUGUUGUUCUUGUUCUAGUUCUUGUUGCUGCUGUUUAUGCUCGUGUUUCCACAUACAAGUUAUAUACCACAUACAACCACCAUCCUCAGAGUUGAGUGGUAGGUACCGGUAGUUUCUCUCCCUCCCUCCUCACCUCCUUGAGUUGUUGUCGACACUACCCCCUCUCUCAAAAGCACUCUUUGGUCGUUUCGGGGUCAGGUAAUUGAAGAUAGAGCAAUCUAAUUUUAAUCUUUGCAUCAAAAUUCACUCACGAUCUCGAUUACUCCAACUUUCAACGGUUUUUUGUUGCGCAAAAAAAACCUCGUCUUCGCUCUUGUCAGUGUAUUCUUACAGCAAAAGUUUCUCAUUCGUCCCAAAACAAACUGGAUCAUCCUCUUUCCCUUGGUCUCCCCCACUAUCAGAGUGGGCUGAUGAAAAAGUGCCUCCACCCAAAAACGUGGUGGAAACAACCUCCUGUUGAAGGGAAAACACACUCACACCCACAACACAAAGACAUAUUUUGCCAUAUUUUCCAAUUUCAUACAAAUAAGGGUGAUUUGCUCCAUUUGCUCCGUUCCCCCCCCCUCCCCCCCCCUUGGUAUUUGGGAGGACCUCAGAGUAGCAGAACUGAAUUCAGUCAGCAGAAAUGGCCUUGUUUUGGAGCACUUGAUUGACGCUCACCGUUUGACAAACUAUCUUCGAAAGUUCUACAAGCUACGACAUAAGCAAAGGGCAACCAUCGGGUCACUGGAAUUCUCCUGUUUCUCUCUGUUCUUUCGUUAUUGUUAGCUCUACUUCUAAUACAACAAAUGACAAUACAUAUUUCCCGAUCCAGGUCCUACCCGCACUACUUGUACUGAUUUUUCCUCUUCUUUUAUUCCUCUGACUACUACAACUACUACUAUUAUCACUUCUACUACCACCACCACUUAUACUGCAAGUUGUACGAAUAUAAUUGCUGCUGAUGCUACAAGAAUGACAAGAAUAGUCCAAAAACCAUAUCUUCCCGAUCGAUGACGAUAAUAUACCUACUUCUACUAUUGCUACGAUAUCUCUAUAUUCUUGUUAUGAUGGACAGUAGUCGACGGUUGAUUCAUUGCUGAAUUAUUAACAAACAGGACACUGUACAAUCCCAAAAAAAUAUGUCAUUAUCAUCUAAAAACUGUAUAAUGUAUUGCGUACCUACACAAAAUACAAACUAAAAUUCAAAACCCAAUUAUAAAAAGCUUAAAAAAGACAAAGACAAUAAAAAGAAUAUAAUUGCUCCAA